GAGUUAGAAUUACGGCACGGAGGAUGAACCUCGAUUUCGCAUCCAAGGCGAUUCCAUUUUCAGAAACUCAUUCCAAUACGGUAAUUCGCCGUCCCAAAAGAAUUUUCAUAAAAGCUUGUUGUCUACUUCUCGAGCCUACACUGCACCGUUCCGUGACUUCCCGUCUUUCGACCGUCCACAAUGCUGUAAAAGCUGAGAGAAAGGGGCGGGGCGGCUAUCUGAUCCGGCUUUAUAUCUCUGCCGGGACCAAAAAAUCAACAAAUUCUUGUCUGCUAGGUGAAAAGGCCUCAAGCCUUUCGAUGUCUGAGAGGUAGGACCGUGUCUUGUUAGAUUUGUAUUUAGCUACCUAUACGUCUGUAAAGAGGAAGGAGGCCGUGCAGCCCAACUCCUACUCAUCCCGAUACUGCAUCUAUUCAAUUUGAGCUAGAGGGACAUCUUGGGUCUUGUCACAGCGGGUUCGUAUCCCACAACCGGAGUCUUUUUCACAAACGAUCUCUCCCUAGACAACCCAACAGGAACAUGCUAAAGGUCCCAGAACAUCAAGUUGCUGGCCAUCUUGCUGAAGAUGGUCGUCUUGGUCCAUUAGUUGAUGAUGCUGGUCGCUUCUAUAAGCCUCUUCAAAGUGAUGAACGCGGUUCCCAGGAGGCAAAAUUCUAUAAAUCUCUCUAUUCUGAUGCCAGGAUUCCUGAUCACAUCCGCAGAUACUUCCCUAUCUUUUAUGGUAUCAAGGAAAUCAAUGCAUCAGAUGGGUCUGGCAUGCAUGCCCACCUUGUCUUGCAAGAUCUUGUCUCCAGCUACAUAAAUCCAUCCAUCAUAGAUAUCAAAAUUGGUUCCAGGACAUGGUAUCCGCAAGCUUCUAAUGACUACAUUCAGAAGUGCAAGCAAAAAGAUCUAGAAACCUCCAGUCUCUUAUUGGGUUUCAGGAUAUCAGGAUUGAAGGCUUUUCUAUCCAAGGACUCUGGAUUCUGGAAGCCUGAGAGGAAGCUUGUACAAAAUCUAUCUGCAGAGGAUGCCACAUUGGUUUUGAAGAAGUUUGUUUCUUCAAAUGCACCUGCAAAUCAUGGCAAGCAACCUGAUUGCUUUUUGGCAUCGGUGGUUUAUGGUGGUUCUUCUGGGAUUUUAGCACAGCUCUUUGAGCUCAAGGCAUGGUUUGAGGUUCAAACCAUUUUCCACUUCUAUUCUUCUUCAGUCCUUAUCAUGUUUGAAAAGGAAUCUGUACUAAAUGGAAAGAGUCCAGGUGCUACCGUUAAACUAGUUGAUUUUGCACAUGUUGUGGAAGGAGAAGGUGUUAUUGAUCAUAACUUCUUGGGUGGCCUUUGCUCUUUAAUAAAGUUCAUUUCAGAUAUUGUAGCAUCUCCAAUUGAGUAGUGCAUUGCUAAUGGUAAGGACACUAAAAGUGAAAAUUGUUCAGAUGGGUCUCUUUUCUCUUUGAAAAGUUAGCCUUCAUCACUUGACUCCUGGGAGGAUUUAAGAAUCUAAACUUAAUUGGUGAUAUUGAUUCCAAAUGUAUCGACAUCCAGACUCAACAUUCGGAUUGAAUAACAUGCUCUCUUAGGCAUCACCAGUCAAGUUGCUUCUUCCGUUAUCCAACUUCUUAACAUCAGUGGCGUCACUAUUGUGGCUUUUGGCUUUAUCUUUUUUUUUUUUUUAAAUCUAUAAUUGCUUUUUGUUGGAGUGAACAUUGAUGAUAAUCUUCUCUUCUUUUUCAAAUUUAGUGUUUGAUUUAAUGAUCAAGAGUGUUUCAAGGUCCUCAUAAACAGGUCCUUGCUAUUGAACUUGAUGAAGGAAAAAAUGUUAAUAAGCAGAGCUCCUGUCUCAUUCAUAUUUUGAAUGAGCUCAGUUACAGUUA